GCCAGCGCCCAGAGCCCGCGGCCCUUGCCCGUUUCCAGUAUGGCCGCCCGCCGCGCUUGACCCGCGGCCUCUCCGCUUCGACUCUUCGUAGGCGAUGCCGAGGCCGAGGCCGUGACUGACACUCUCGCUCGCACGCACGCACGGACCAGACCCACGCCCGGAGCCCGAGCCCUGGGCCCGGAACUGCUCUCGCUCCCGGCUCCGUGGCCAGAACCUGGACCACGGCUCCCGCGCCGCCGCCUCGCCGAGAAGGACCGCGCCGCACCUCGAGCGCGGCGGCCCCCGGCCGGCAGGGAUGGGGAAGCGGGCGGGAGGAGGAGCAGCAGGAGCCGCCGCCGUCUCCACGUCUGCCAGGGCUGGUCUGGAGCCCGCGGCCGGCCGCGGCGGGGGCCCCCGGAGUGCGGCCGCUGGCCUCCUGGGAGCACUGCACCUGGUGAUGACUCUCGUCGUGGCCGCGGCGCGGGCCGAGAAGGAAGCAUUUAUUCAGUCGGAGAGCAUAAUAGAAGUACUACGUUUUGAUGAUGGAGGGCUUCUACAGACUGAGACAACACUUGGACUCAGUUCAUAUCAACAGAAAAGUAUAUCUCUGUACCGGGGUAAUUGCAGACCUAUACGAUUUGAGCCACCAAUGCUGGAUUUCCAUGAACAACCAGUUGGAAUGCCAAAAAUGGAAAAAGUUUACUUACAUAAUCCUAGUUCUGAAGAAACUAUUACUUUAGUAUCAAUAUCUGCUACAACAUCACAUUUUCAUGCGUCAUUUUUUCAAAAUAGGAAAAUUCUUCCAGGAGGAAACACAUCAUUUGAUGUAGUUUUUCUUGCAAGAGUAGUGGGAAAUGUAGAAAAUACUUUAUUUAUUAACACUUCUAAUCAUGGGGUAUUCACUUACCAGGUAUUCGGUGUUGGAGUUCCAAAUCCAUAUCGAUUGAGGCCAUUCCUUGGGGCCAGAGUCCCUGUGAAUAGCAGUUUCUCACCUAUAAUAAACAUACACAAUCCUCACAGUGAGCCUCUACAGGUUGUAGAAAUGUACUCAAGUGGAGGAGACCUUCACCUCGAACUUCCCACGGGUCAGCAGGGAGGCACUAGGAAGCUGUGGGAAAUUCCUCCUUAUGAAACCAAGGGAGUGAUGAGAGCUAGUUUUUCAUCUCGAGAAGCAGAUAAUCACACAGCCUUCAUAAGGAUAAAGACCAAUGCUUCAGACAGCACAGAGUUUAUCAUUCUUCCUGUUGAGGUGGAAGUUACAACAGCUCCCGGAAUUUAUUCCUCAACUGAAAUGUUAGAUUUUGGUACACUGCGAACACAAGAUCUACCAAAAGUUUUAAAUCUUCAUUUAUUAAAUUCGGGAACAAAAGAUGUACCAAUAACAAGUGUUCGACCUACACCACAAAAUGAUGCUAUAACAGUACACUUUAAACCAAUUACAUUAAAAGCUUCAGAAAGUAAAUAUACCAAGGUUGCAAGUAUUAGUUUUGAUGCAUCAAAGGCAAAAAAACCAUCUCAGUUUUCUGGGAAAAUAACUGUUAAAGCAAAAGAGAAGAGUUAUUCUAAACUUGAAAUACCGUAUCAGGCAGAGGUUUUAGAUGGUUAUUUGGGAUUUGAUCACGCUGCAACAUUAUUUCAUAUCCGAGACAGUCCUGCUGAUCCUGUGGAAAGGCCAAUUUACCUUACUAACACUUUCAGUUUUGCGAUCCUCAUUCAUGAUGUGUUGCUACCAGAAGAAGCCAAAACAAUGUUUAAAGUUCACAACUUCAGCAAACCAGUCUUAAUUCUUCCAAAUGAAUCAGGAUACAUUUUUACUCUGCUUUUUAUGCCAUCCACAUCAUCCAUGCACAUAGAUAAUAAUAUUUUACUUAUUACCAAUGCCUCCAAGUUUAAUUUACCUGUACGGGUAUAUACAGGCUUUUUAGACUACUUUGUAUUACCCCCCAAAAUAGAAGAACGUUUCAUAGAUUUUGGCAUACUGAGUGCUACAGAAGCAAGUACUAUUUUAUUUGCAAUUAUAAACAGCAAUCCAAUUGAGUUGGCUAUAAAAAGUUGGCAUAUCAUAGGAGAUGGUUUAUCCAUAGAACUCAUAGCUACUGAAAGAGGCAACAGAACUACAAUAAUCUCAAGCCUUCCAGAGUUAGAAAAAUCCUCCUUAUCAGACCAGUCAUCAGUUAUAUUAGCUUCCGGCUACUUUGCAGUGUUUAGAGUCAAACUUACUGCAAAAAACCUGGAAGGUAUUCAUGAUGGAGCCAUACAGAUCACAACAGACUACGAGAUCCUAACGAUACCCGUGAAGGCUGUGAUCGCAGUGGGUUCUCUGACUUGCUUCCCAAAGCAUAUGGUUCUUCCACCUUCCUUUCCAGGGAAAGUAGUUCAUCAGAGUUUAAACGUUAUGAAUUCCUUCUCACAGAAGGUAAAGAUACAGCAGAUACGAUCUUUGUCAGAAGAUGUGCGAUUUUACUACAAACGAUUACGGGGCAAUAAGGAAGACUUGGAGCCAGGAAAAAAGUCAAAGAUUGCGAACAUUUAUUUUGAUCCUGGACUGCAGUGUGGGGAUCAUUGCUAUGUUGGCUUGCCUUUUCUCUCCAAAUCUGAGCCCAAAGUCCAGCCUGGCGUCGCCAUGCAGGAGGAUACCUGGGAUGCGGACUGGGACCUGCACCAGAGCCUGUUCAAAGGGUGGAUGGGAAUAAAGGAAAACUCAGGUCACAGACUGAACGCUGUAUUUGAAGUAAAUACAGACCUUCAGAAAAACAUCCUAUCGAAAAUCACUGCUGAGCUCUCCUGGCCAUCGCUCCUCAGCUCACCCCGGCUCGUGAGGUUUCCGCUCACUAAUACAAACUGCUCCUCAGAAGAAGAGAUUACUUUAGAAAAUCCUGCAGAUGUUCCUGUCUACAUUCAGUGUAUUCCUCUGGCUUUAUAUUCCAACCCUUCCAUCUUUGUAGAUAAGUUAAUAUCAAGGUUUAACUUGAGUAAGGUGGCAAAGAUAGAUUUAAGAACCCUAGAAUUCCAAGUCUUCAGAAACAGUGCUCAUCCACUGCAAAGUUCAACAGGAUUUACAGAGGGCCUCUCCCGCCAGUUAAUUUUAAACCUAAUUUUAAAACCUGGAGAAAAGAAAUCCAUCAAAGUAAGGUUUACUCCACUUCACAACAGAACUGUUUCUUCCCUAAUCAUAAUCAGAAAUAACCUGACUGUGAUGGAUGCUGUAAUGGUCCAAGGACAAGGAACAACCGAGAACUUAAGGGUGGCCGGCAAGCUUCCGGGUCCAGGGAGUUCCUUACGCUUUAAAAUCACAGAAGCAUUAUUAAAAGAUUGUACAGAUAGUUUGAAACUAAGAGAACCAAAUUUCACAUUGAAAAGAACAUUUAAAGUAGAGAAUACAGGACAACUUCAGAUUCAUAUAGAAACCAUCGAAGUCAGUGGGUACUCUUGUGAGGGAUAUGGCUUUAAAGUCGUCAAUUGUCAAGAGUUUGCACUAAGCGCCAAUGCCUCUAAAGACAUAAUCAUAUUGUUUACUCCUGAUUUCACAGCUUCUAGAGUUAUUCGUGAACUGAAGUUUAUAACAACCAGCGGCUCAGAAUUUGUAUUUGUGUUGAAUGCAUCCCUUCCUUACCAUAUGUUAGCAACCUGUGCAGAAGCCCUGCCCAGGCCCAACUGGGAGCUGGCUCUGUACAUCAUCAUCUCAGGAAUAAUGAGUGCACUAUUUCUUUUGGUAAUUGGAACAGCCUAUUUAGAAGCUCAAGGAAUUUGGGAGCCGUUUCGAAGGCGACUAUCCUUUGAGGCCUCAAACCCGCCCUUUGAUGUGGGAAGACCAUUUGAUCUCAGGAGAAUCGUUGGUAUUUCAUCUGAAGGAAACUUGAACACACUCAACUGUGACCCUGGUCACAGUCGGGGGUUCUGCGGAACAAGCGGCUCAGCAUCCCGACCCAGUGCAGGGGCUCACAAGCAGUGUGGCCCUUCAGGCCACCCGCACGGCAGCCACAGCAAUAGAAACUCAGCUGACGUGGAAAACGUCAGGGCCAAAAACAGUGCAAGCACCUCUAGCAGGACUAACGCCCAGUCGGCUAGCAAAGCGAGCCCCCUUGUCUUAGAAUCCAGCACAGUGGCCCAGGGCCACACAGCAGGCAGAAAAUCCAAAGGGGCCAAACAGAGCCAGCAUGGCAGCCAGCACCACGCCCAUGGCCCGCUGGAGCAGCAUUCGCCACCGCAGCCGCCACCACCAGUGCCUCAGCACCAGGAGCCACAGCCUGAGAGGCUGUCCCCCGCACCCCUUGCCCACCCUCCCCACCCAGAACACCCCAGCAGCGCACGGCACAGCUCCGAGGACUCAGACAUCACCAGUCUCAUAGAAGCCAUGGACAAGGACUUCGACCACCAUGACUCCCCGCCCCUAGAAGUGUUUACAGAGCAGCCGCCAUCGCCACUGUCCAAAAGCAAAGGGAAGGGAAAGCCUCUUCAGCGUAAGGUGAAGCCACCUAAGAAGCAAGAGGAGAAGGACAAGAAGGGAAGGGGAAAGCCCCAGGAAGACGAGCUGAAGGACGCCCUGGCCGACGACGACAGCUCCUCCACCACCACAGAGACCUCCAACCCAGACACGGACCCUCUGCUUAAGGAGGCAAGGUUUGGCUCCCCAGUGCUUAAAAACGAGAAGACGAGAAGCUACCAAUUUGUUGCCACCACUUACCCCACCCACCCCAGUCAGGAUGAUACAGAAAAACAAAAGGGAAAACAAGCCAUGCCUGAAAAACAUGAAAACGAAAUGUCUCAAGUGAAACAAAAAAGCAAAAAACUCUUAAAUAUAAAGAAAGAAAUCCCAGCAGAUGUGAAACCCAGUUCCUUAGAGCUACCAUACACUGCCCCCUUGGACAGUAAGCAACGUCGAAAUCUCCCAACCAAGAUUCCUCUUCCAACUACGCUGACAAGUGGAUCCAAACCACGGAACUCCCAGAAAACAAAAGGUACAAAUAAGUUAGUGGAUAACAGGCCACCCGCCCUAGCAAAAUUCCUCCCAAAUAGUCAAGAACUAGGCAACACCAGUAGCUCAGAAGGUGAAAAAGACUCUCCACCACCAGAGUGGGAUUCGGUGCCCGUUCACAAGCCCGGCAGCUCUACCGAUAGUCUUUAUAAACUUUCUCUGCAAACCCUCAACGCAGACAUUUUUCUAAAACAACGCCCGGCCUCACCUCCACCCGCCUCCCCGUCCCCGCCCGCCGCGCCAUGCCUGUUCGCGCCCCGGGGCAGCUACAGCAGCAUCGUCAACAGCAGCCCCAGCAGUGACCCUAAAACAAAGCAGCCAAAUGGAAGCAAGCACAAACUGACAAAAGCAGCCUCGCUCCCUGGCAAGAACGGCAACCCCACUUUCGCUGCAGUCACAGCCGGGUACGACAAGAGCCCAGGUGGGAAUGGCUUUGCUAAAGUUUCUUCAAGCAAAACAGAUUUUUCCAGCAGCCUUGGCAUUUCACACACUCCUGUUGACAGCGAUGGCUCGGACAGCAGCUCGGGUCUGUGGAGUCCCGUCAGCAACCCCAGCAGCCCUGACUUCACCCCCCUUAAUUCCUUCUCGGCCUUUGGAAAUUCUUUCAACCUAACUGGCGAAGUUUUUAGCAAGCUCGGGUUACCGCGAUCGUGCAAUCAGCCCUCACCAGGGAGCUGGAACGAGCUCAGCAGUGGCCCCUCGUACUUUUGGGACUCUCCAGCGACAGAGCCGAGCCCUUCCUGGCCAGCCAGCUCCGGCUCCCCGACCCACACAGCCACAUCAAUCCUUGGCAAUACCAGCGGCCUGUGGUCCACCACACCGUUCAGCAGCUCCAUCUGGUCCAGCAACCUGAACAGCAGCCUCCCCUUCACCAGCCCUGCCAACACGCUAACGAGCAUCGGCCUCAUGGGCCCGGAGAACUCAGCUCCUCACGCGCCCUCCACCACCAGCCCCGCUGAUGACCUGGGCCAGACCUACAACCCCUGGAGGAUAUGGAGCCCCACGAUCGGGAGGAGGAGCUCCGACCCAUGGUCUAAUUCGCACUUCCCUCAUGAGAAUUGAGAUUAGGCAACAAAAUCAAAAUAAAAAAGUGGGGGCCCCUCAUCUAGAUCAUGAUGUGCCAGUUUUUGAGACAUCUUUCUAAGGCUUCCCAGUCCCCACCCUCCUCAUCUUUGCAGAAUAGACUCAAGCAGGGCAGGCUUGUACCACUAUGCUUCUUUCAGAUCUUUCUUGCAAUUAUGAUAAUAUGAGAUUUGCUGUUGUGCUUUUAGAGAAAAGUCUGGACUCAGCCACAAACUCUGAUAAGACCUGUACAUCUGAAAAUCUUAACUGUUACCACGUUUCCACCACCUGUCUUCUCCCAUUCUUUGUUUAUCUGUAUGAACACAAAUUUGACAUUACAGCUAAGGAAAUAACUUGAGUUGAAUCAGAAGUCCUGGCAUGUGACAAUUUUAUUAAAUUACCAAGUUUGGUUUUUAAUAAUUUCACAACAUUAUGCGCCAAGAUCUAAUUUUAAAACUGUAUGAGGACUUUGUGCUGAAAAAUACAGAGUAUUUUUUUAAAAUAAGGCUGUCUUGGUUUAAAAGCAGAUAACAGAAAUGUAAGUCAACUUUAAGAACAGUGAAUGAAUGUAAAAACAUUCGGUUGAGACCAUAUGCAUUUUCUGUGCUGUUUGUACUUGAGGUAUGUAACAUUUGUAUACCUGAAUUUAUUUUAAAGAUAAACUGAAAUGCACAUAGCCAAGUCUUGAGAUACAAGAUUGAAUGUGUAUUUCUUAAAAAUACAACUUUGUGUUGUACUUUGAAAUAAAUGAUGCUUUUUUCAAAAGCC